GUACCGCGUCGGUCAAGCGUCGGUGGCGAAACGCGUCACAUUAUGCGGUCACGUGAUGCGUAUCUCAUCAUCGCAGCCAAAGUUGCCGGCCUCGCCUCGCGCAAACAUGACACUAUAUCAAGGUACUCGGCAGCGUCACAAAGACUAUCGCAAGUCUCGUUUCCUAGCGUUGUUGCUUCAAGUUUAUCUGCAUGGCAGAGCGGACAAUGCUAGUGCUCGGUGGCUUGUCUGCUCUUCGGAGACUCCGAGACUCAUCGUGAACGCGUCGCGAAAGGUGCGGUCACGUGAGAUCGCUUCGCAGGCGGACACUGCGGCGACCAGGCGCUGCCUGCCGCCUGCCGUCCUUCACACAGGUUGUGGACGUAAAGCGUGCGCACUUCUUUGUCCCCGUCUUUCAAGGCAGUCGUCGCCGCGCGUCGCCCAAAUGGCGGACCAUAGGCAGGUCCGACCGUCAACGGACGAAGAGUCCGCAUCCCUCUUGCAGAGCGUCGACUACCCAGAUGGCGAACAGCAGCGACCGCGACCUCGAUCUCCCUUCGCCUCUCUUGUGCAGGAACCGCCAGGUCUCGAGCCUACAAGUCCUCCUGUAGAGGCCGAAUGUCUGACUGCACAAUGCAUCACGUUGUCCUCGUCUAUCCUGGCGUCUCGAUCCGUGCGAGAACUUCUACGAUUUUGCCAACGGUGGCUGGCUGAAGGCGCACCCUAUACCUUCUGACAAGGGCUCAUUCGGUAACUUCGAGGCUCUCGCCCAACAGAAUAGGCAGGUGCUUCAGCGAAUCCUUGCAUCUGACCCGUCGUAUGCUCCGUCAAGCAUGGGCUCUCCAUAUGAUGAACAAAUUCUGAAGAAGAUUCGUGGUCUCUACUCGUCGUGCAUGGAUGAGGAUGGGUUGAGUGAGCUUGGCGCGGAACCUCUGGCAUCGGUCACGCG